CACAGACGUUGAGGCCAGGGAGACGAGUUCCUCUGGAACGACUCGAGACUAGGAAGACACUUGCAUUUUAAGGACCCCGGGUUUGGGUACCGACGUUGCGCUUCGGAAGGGAGGGCGCGCGGGACGCCCUCUCAAGGCUUCCCUCCUCCCCCCGCCCCACGCCCCCAUGGCGCUUCCCGGCCCUCCCCACGACCAGGUCUGGAGCCUGCAGCCUCCUGCCCCCGCGGCUCCUGCCAACUCGCCCUCGGGCUGUCAGGAGCGGGAGGGGGCCGGGAGCCCAGGGGUCUCCGGGGGGCUCCCCCUGGAGAAGGUGAAGCGGCCCAUGAACGCGUUCAUGGUGUGGAGUUCCGCGCAGCGCCGCCAGAUGGCGCAGCAGAACCCGAAAAUGCACAACUCGGAGAUCUCCAAGCGCCUGGGCGCGCAGUGGAAGCUGCUGGGCGAGGACGAGAAGCGGCCCUUCGUGGAAGAGGCCAAGCGGCUGCGCGCCCGGCACCUGCGCGACUACCCCGACUACAAGUACCGGCCUCGGCGCAAGGCCAAGAGCUCCGGCGCCGGGGCGCCCCACUUCGGCGCGGGGAGUGGCAGCGUGGCUGCUGGCGGGCCAGUCUGGGGCCCCGGGUUCGCGACCACCCAGGGGAGCAGAGGCUUUGGGUACCAGCCGCCCAACUACUCCACAGCCUACCUGCCCGGCGGAUACGGCUCUUCCCACUGUAAACCAGAGACGACUUCACCGUGCACCCUCCCUCAGAGUAACCCCCGGCUCCAGGGAGAGCUGCUCCCCCACUAUAGCCCCUACCUCCCCCCAGGCUCUCCCACUCCGUACAACCCUCACCUGUCGGGGUCCCCCCUGCCCCUGACCCACCUCUAACCCUGGUGGACACGGACCUCCCAGGAAGGGCCCCUUCCUCCCCCUCCUCCUCUGUCUUCACCCAGAACCUCCCACCCCCACUCCAAGCUGCAAACCCUCCUUUAGAACUCUGUUGGACCCCAGUUCAGAGGAGGCCUGUGCGAUGGUCCGCAUCUGUGCUGCCACCUCCCCCCCAAAACACACUUUUUUUGUAGGAUGAACACAGUUUUUACAAUUAAA